AUGGGAGCCAGCAAGCAAAAGAAGGCGGAAUACUUCCCCAAGCUGAAGGGCCUGCUCGAGGACUACAGCUCUGUUUUCCUCGUCACCGUCGACAAUGUCAGCUCUCAGCAGAUGCACGAAAUCCGACAGUCCCUCCGCGGGGAGGCUGUCGUCCUGAUGGGAAAGAACACUAUGGUUCGCCGAGCCCUCAAGACCUUCAUUCCCGAUUCCCCCGAGUACGAGCGACUCCUUCCCCACGUCAAGGGCAACAUCGGUUUUGUCUUCACUAACGGUGACCUCAAAACCAUCCGUGACAAGAUCCUUGCCAACAAGGUCGCGGCCCCUGCCCGUGCUGGUGCUGUUGCGCCGGCUGACGUCUGGAUCCCUGCUGGCAACACUGGUAUGGAACCCGGCAAGACCUCUUUCUUCCAGGCUCUUGGUGUCCCCACCAAGAUUGCUCGUGGUACCAUUGAAAUCACGACCGAUUUGAAGCUUGUCGAGUCGGGUAGCCGUGUCGGUCCCUCCGAGGCUACUCUUCUCAACAUGUUGAACAUCUCUCCCUUCACCUACGGUCUAGGUGUUGCGCAGGUCUACGACCAGGGCAACACUUUCCCCCCUGACGUCUUGGAUAUCAGCGAGGACCAGCUCCUCAAGACCUUCUCCAGCGCCAUUACCACUAUUGCCGCUCUCUCCCUCGCCCUCAACUUCCCUACUCUGCCCUCCGUCAUCCACUCCCUUGUCAACAGCUACAAGAAGGUUUUGGCUGUUGCCAUCGAGACCGAAUAUAGCUGGCCCGAAAUUGAGCAACUCAAGGACCGUAUUGCCAACCCCGACGCUUACGCCGCCGCUGCCGGCCCUGCCGCUGCUGCCGAGACUACAACGGCUGCUGCUGCUGAGGAAGAGACGAAGGACGAAGAGGAGGAGGAGUCCGGUGAUGAGGGUUUCGGUGGUCUCUUCAUCAUGGUGUUGUCGGAAAGGCAUCAAACUGGGCUUCGGUUGGGAUUGCGGGACCUAGGCGCGAUAAAAUCGACGGUACAUAGGUCUUUUAACGGUCAAUUGAGGCACGAUUGCAGAUGA